AUCGCACUUCGGGGAAGAUCCUACGUACGAAAACGUACGAAAUGCUGCGCUUAACCCACGUAACCCACGUAACUUCCGUCCUCAUCGCCAGCGCUCAACUGAUUGCCGGCCUUGACAGCCGCGGCACCGACGAUGCUGUUCUUGGCGUCUCGAAAAGCUCUGAGGCGUUUUCUAACUCGGUUUACUUCACUAACUGGGGGAUCUACGAGCGUAACUUCCAGCCUGCCAGCCUCCCGGCUUCAUACGUGACUCAUGUCCUAUACGCCUUCAUGAAUGUUCUGCCCGACGGUACCGUUUUCUCUGGGGACACCUACGCCGAUGUCGAAAAACAUUUCGCUGACGACUCGUGGAAUGACGUGGGCAGUAACGCGUACGGCUGCGUUAAGCAGCUCUACAAGCUGAAAAAGGUUAAUCGAGGUAUGAAGACAAUGCUUUCCAUCGGCGGAUGGACUUGGUCCACCAAUUUUGCAGCGGCGGCGUCGACGGAGCAGGGGAGGAGUGUCUUUGCGCAAACAUCAGUAGCCUUGCUCAAGGACUGGGGCUUUGACGGUAUAGACAUUGAUUGGGAGUAUCCGGCCAAUGACGCCGAGGCAGACAGUAUGGCUUUACUCCUGCGACGUGUUCGUCAGGAGCUGGAUGAUUACGCAGCGCAGCACGCAGAGGGCCAUCGUUUCGAGCUGUCUAUUGCAGCCCCUGCUGGACUUCAGAAUAUUCAGCACCUUCGCCUCGCCGAAAUCGGGCAGAUCGUCGACCGCGUCAAUCUGAUGGCGUACGACUAUGCUGGUUCCUUCAGCGACGCCGCCGGCCACCAGGCCAACAUCUACCCCAGUGCGGAAAACCCUGAGUCGACGCCUUUCAGCACCCAACGCGCUGUUGACGCAUACAUUGCAGAAGGCGUCCCUGUCGGAAAAAUCAUCCUCGGCAUGCCAAUUUAUGGCCGAGCGUUCACCAGCACAGUCGGUCCGGGCCAUACAUUCGGCGGUGUCGGCGUGGGCAGCUGGGAGGAAGGCAUCUGGGAUUACAAAGAGCUUCCUCAUGCGGCAGCCAAAAUCGAAAGGGACAGUGAGGUUGGUGCCUCUUGGACAUACGAUGCCGCUUCGCGCACCAUGGUCUCAUAUGACACACCGGCCAUGGUUCAGGAGAAGAUCUCCUACGUCAAGGAACAUGGUUUGGGAGGCGCCAUGUUCUGGGAGGCUUCCUCCGACAAGGGCGGGGCUGACUCGCUCAUUCUCACUGCUCGGGAUAGCCUAGGCUCUCUGGAAGACAAGCGUAACUGGUUGAACUAUCCCGGCUCCGUGUACGACAACAUCCGGACUGGUUCAGUAUAGGCAACGGCUUGAACC